GGGGCCCGCGGCCCUGCGACUUGGCUCGGGAGGCCCUGGGAGGGAAUUCACACGCGUGGGGCGUAGGCCAGGGGGUCUCGGGUGGCAGCCCAUGCCGAGUGAACCUCGUUUUCUCCGGUGCUACUCAUUCAUUCGCCCGGCAGAGCUUUCUGAAGCAAACACUUUGUUUUGAAGAUGUUUAACAAAUCAUUUGGAACCCCCUUUGGGGGUGGGACCGGGGGCUUUGGCACAACUUCAACAUUUGGACAAAAUACUGGCUUUGGUACUACUAGUGGAGGAGCAUUUGGAACAUCUGCAUUUGGUUCUAGCAACAAUACUGGAGGCUUAUUUGGAAAUUCACAGACUAAACCAGGAGGUUUAUUUGGUACCAAUUCAUUCAGCCAGCCGGCAACUUCCACAAGCACUGGCUUUGGGUUUGGUACAUCAACAGGAACAUCAAAUAGUUUGUUUGGAACUGCAAGUACAGGGACCAGUCUUUUCUCAUCCCAGAACAAUGCAUUUGCACAAAAUAAACCAACUGGCUUUGGGAAUUUUGGAGCAAGUACUAGUAGUGGAGGACUCUUUGGAACUACAAACACCACCUCUAACCCUUUUGGUAGCACAUCUGGCUCCCUCUUUGGGCCAAGUAGUUUUACAGCAGCACCUACAGGAACUACCAUUAAAUUUAAUCCUCCCACUGGUACAGAUACUAUGGUCAAAGCUGGAGUUAGCACUAACAUCAGUACCAAGCAUCAGUGUAUUACUGCUAUGAAAGAAUAUGAAAGCAAGUCACUAGAGGAACUUCGUUUGGAGGAUUAUCAGGCUAACCGGAAAGGCCCACAGAACCAAGUGGGAGCAGGUACCACAGCUGGCUUAUUUGGGUCUUCUCCAGCAACUUCCAGUGCAACAGGACUCUUCAGCUCCUCCACCACUAAUUCAGGCUUUUCAUAUGGUCAGAAUAAAACUGCCUUUGGAACUAGCACAACUGGAUUUGGAACAAAUCCAGGUGGUCUCUUUGGCCAACAGAAUCAACAGACUACCAGUCUCUUCAGCAAACCAUUUGGCCAGGCUACAACCACCCCAAAUACUGGAUUUUCCUUUGGUAAUACUAGUACCCUUGGACAGCCAAGCACCAAUACUAUGGGCCUAUUUGGAGUAACCCAAGCCUCACAGCCAGGAGGUCUUUUUGGGACAGCUACAAACACCAGCACUGGGACAGCAUUUGGAACAGGAACAGGUCUCUUUGGGCAGCCCAGUACUGGAUUUGGUGCAGUUGGUUCGACCCUGUUUGGCAAUAACAAGCUUACAACUUUUGGAACCAGCACAACCAGUGCUCCUUCCUUUGGUACAACCAGUGGCGGGCUCUUCGGUUUUGGCACAAAUAACAGUGGGAAUAGUAUUUUUGGAAGUAAGCCCGCACCCGGGACUCUGGGAACUGGACUUGGUACAGGAUUUGGAACAGCUCUUGGUGCUGGACAGGCAUCUUUGUUUGGAAACAGCCAACCUAAGAUUGGAGGGCCUCUUGGCACAGGAGCCUUUGGGGCCCCUGGAUUUAAUACUACGACAGCCAUUUUGGGCUUUGGCGCCCCCCAGGCCCCAGUAGCUUUGACAGAUCCAAAUGCUUCUGCUGCCCAGCAGGCUGUUCUCCAGCAGCACCUCAAUAGUCUCACAUACUCACCCUUUGGAGACUCCCCUCUCUUCCGGAAUCCUAUGUCGGAUCCUAAGAAGAAAGAAGAGAGGCUGAAACCAACCAAUCCAGCAGCUCAGAAGGCUCUUACCACACCUACUCAUUAUAAACUUACACCUCGCCCUGCCACCAGAGUCAGACCAAAGGCUUUGCAAACAACUGGUACAGCCAAAUCACAUCUGUUUGAUGGACUGGAUGAUGAUGAACCAUCCUUAGCCAAUGGAGCAUUCAUGCCCAAAAAGAGCAUCAAGAAGUUGGUUUUGAAAAAUCUUAACAAUAGCAAUCUCUUUUCUCCUGUUAACCAUGAUUCAGAAGACCUAGCUUCACCAUCUGAGUAUCCAGAAAAUGGAGAGCGAUUUAGCUUCCUGAGCAAACCUGUUGAUGAGAAUAAUCAGCAGGAUGGAGAUGAUGAUUCUCUUGUAUCACGGUUUUACACUAAUCCUAUUGCCAAACCCAUUCCUCAAACCCCAGAGAGUGCUGGAAACAAAAAUAACAGCAGCGGCAGUGUGGACGAUACCAUUGUUGCUUUGAACAUGCGUGCUGCUUUGCGCAAUGGACUCGAAGGAAGCAGUGAGGAAACGUCUUUCCAUGAUGAGUCACUACAAGAUGACCGAGAAGAAAUAGAAAAUAAUGCUUACCAUGUACACCCAGCAGGCAUUGUUCUCACAAAAGUUGGUUACUAUACUAUUCCAUCUAUGGAUGACCUUGCUAAAAUUACGAAUGAAAAGGGAGAAUGCAUUGUUUCAGAUUUCACCAUUGGUCGUAAAGGAUAUGGCUCCAUCUAUUUUGAAGGAGAUGUAAAUUUGACAAAUCUAAAUUUGGAUGAUAUUGUGCAUAUCCGAAGGAAAGAAGUUAUUGUCUAUGUAGAUGAUAACCAAAAGCCCCCUGUGGGUGAGGGGCUAAAUAGGAAGGCUGAAGUUACAUUGGAUGGAGUUUGGCCCACAGAUAAAACAUCGCGGUGUUUAAUAAAGAGCCCAGAUCGACUUGCUGAUAUCAAUUAUGAGGGGAGAUUGGAAGCAGUCUCAAGGAAGCAGGGAGCCCAAUUCAAGGAGUACCGGCCUGAAACUGGUUCUUGGGUGUUUAAGGUCUCCCAUUUUUCUAAAUAUGGCCUUCAGGAUUCUGAUGAAGAGGAGGAAGAACACCCACCCAAAACUACUUCAAAGAAGUUGAAGACUGCCCCUUUGCCCCCUGCAAGCCAGGCAGCUCCUUUCCAGAUGACUCUUAAUGGCAAACCUGCACCUACACCUCAGAGCCAGAGCCCAGAAGUCGAACAGUUAGGGAGGGUUGUGGAAUUGGACAGUGACAUGGUAGAUAUCACCCAGGAGCCAGUUUUGGAUUCUGUGUUAGAAGAGAGCAUGCCUGAGGAUCAGGAGCCUGUGUCUGCUUCAACACACAUUGCAUCUUCACUGGGAAUUAAUCCACAUGUCUUACAGAUCAUGAAGGCAUCCUUGCUUGUUGAUGAAGAAGAUGUAGAUGCGGUGGAUCAACGCUUCAGUCACUUCCCCUCCAAAGGAGAUACUGUUCAAGAAAUCUGUUCUCCUAGACUCCCCAUUUCAGCCUCCCACUCAUCAAAAUCCCGCUCAAUAGUUGGUGGGUUGCUGCAAUCAAAAUUUGCAAGUGGAGCUUUUCUUUCACCAAGUGCCUCCGUCCAAGAAUGUCGCACUCCCAGAACUUCAUCUCUAAUGAAUGUCCCAUCCACAUCCCCCUGGUCUGUCCCUCUGCCGCUGGCCACUGUGUUUACAGUGCCCAGCCCAGCUCCUGAGGUUCAGCUGAAAACAGUGGGGAUACGCAGGCAACCAGGCCUAGUCCCUCUUGAAAAAUCUGUUACAUAUGGCAAGGGGAAACUCUUGAUGGACAUGGCCCUAUUCAUGGGACGUUCAUUUCGGGUUGGUUGGGGCCCCAACUGGAUUCUUGCUAACAGUGGAGAACAACUACAUGGCUCUCAUGAACCGGAAAAUCAUCAGGUUGCCGAUUCUAUGGAUUAUGGAUUCCUGCCCAAUCCAGUAGCUGUUAAAUCUCUGUCUGAAUCCCCAUUCAAAGUUCAUUUGGAAAAACUCGGUUUGAGAAAAAGGAAGCUGGAUGAAGAUCUGCAGUUAUACCAGACGCCUCUGGAGCUCAAAUUAAAGCAUAGCACUGUCCAUGUAGACGAGCUGUGUCCCCUCGUUGUCCCCAACCCUGGGGUUUCAGUCAUUCAUGAUUAUGCAGAUUGGGUUAAAGAGGCACCCAGAGAUUUAUCAGAAGUACAAAUUCUGAAGCACUGGAGCCUGACGUGGACAUUAUGUGAAGCCCUCUGGGGCCACCUGAAGGAGCUUGACAGUCAGCUGGAUGAACCCACUGAAUACUUUCAGGUUCUGGAGCGAAGAAGAGCUUUUUCCCGCUGGCUAUCGCGUACUGCUGCACCCGUGAUUGAAGAGGAAGUUUCCUUAACACGAAGGGACAGUCCCAUAGAAGCUGUCUUCAGCUACCUCACAGGCAGUAGGAUUAGUGAGGCCUGUUCUCUGGCACAGCAGUCGGGUGAUCAUCGCCUUGCUCUUCUUUUGUCUCAGUUGGUGGGUAGCCAGUCAGUCCGAGAGUUGCUCACCAUGCAGUUAGCCGACUGGCAUCAACUCCAGGCUGACAGCUUCAUCCAGGAUGAGAGAUUGCGCAUAUUUGCCCUGUUAGCUGGAAAACCGGUGUGGCAGCUCUCUGAGCAGAAACAAAUCAACGUAUGCUCCCACCUGGAUUGGAAGCGUGCGCUUGCUGUUCAUCUCUGGUAUUUGCUUCCGCCAACAGCCUCCAUUUCCAAGGCUCUCAGCAUGUAUGAAGAAGCAUUUCAGAAUACUUCUGAGGGUGAUAAAUAUGCCUGCUCCCCUCUUCCUUCAUACCUGGAGGGGUUUGGUUGUAUGGUAGAGGAAGAAAAAGACACACGGAGACCACUUCAGGAUGUUUGCUUCCACCUUCUGAAACUCUAUAGUGACAGACAUUACGAUCUCAAUCAGCUGUUGGAACCUCGAAGCAUAACUGCAGAUCCUUUGGACUACCGCCUCAGCUGGCACCUUUGGGAAGUGCUGCGGGCUCUCAACUAUACCCAUCUCUCUGAACAGUGUGAGGGUGUGCUACAGGCCAGUUAUGCUGGCCAGCUGGAAAGCGAAGGGCUCUGGGAAUGGGCCAUCUUUGUUUUCCUGCACAUUGAGAACUCAGGCAUGCGUGAGAAGGCUGUCCGCGAGCUGCUGACUCGGCACUGCCAGCUGACAGAGACCCCUGAGUCCUGGGCUAAAGAGACUUUCCUUACACAAAAGCUCUGUGUGCCUGCUGAGUGGAUUCAUGAGGCCAAAGCAGUUCGAGCACACAUGGAAUCCAAUAAGCACUUGGAGGCCCUCUAUUUAUUUAAGGCCGGCCACUGGAACCGCUGCCACCAACUUGUCAUUCGCCAUCUCGCUUCUGAUGCUAUUAUUAAUGAGAACUAUGGCUACCUGAAAGGGUUCUUAGAAGAUCUGGCACCUCCAGAGCUAAGCAGCCUAAUUCAGGACUGGGAAACAUCUGGACUUGUUUACCUGGAUUAUAUUCGAGUAAUCGAAAUGCUCCACCGUAUUCAGCAGGUGGAUUGCUCAGGCUAUGAACUAGAGCACUUACACACCAAAGUCACUUCACUGUGCAGCCGGAUAGAGCAGAUUCCAUGUUACAGUGCCAAGGACCGCCUGGCUCAGUCAGAUAUGGCCAAGCGUGUUGCCAACUUGCUGCGGGUAGUACUGAGCCUGCAGCAUGCUCCUGAUGCCACCUCCAACUCGACACCAGACCCUCAGCGAGUUCCUUUGCGUCUGUUGGCUCCCCACAUUGGCAGACUCCCCAUGCCUGAGGACUAUGCCUUAGAGGAACUUCGUGGUCUCACACAGUCCUACCUGCGAGAACUGACUGUUGGGAGCCAGUGAGCCCAGCUCUUCAUCACACUCGUGCACUCACUCCCUCCCCAGCGGUUCCCAGCACUGUUCUAGCUGACAUUGUUUGCCAAUCUCUGGGUAGGUGUGGAAUCCUCCCUCCCUUUCUGCUGCCCUAAGCAGCAUCCUCUAGUUGUUCAGGGGUUCUCCUAACUAAUACUGAACAUAGCAUACAAGGGCUUUUGGAACAACAACAACAAAAAAGGACAGGUUACUAUUUACCAACUUCAAGACCAUACUUCAAUUUCUUUUUCUUUUGAAAAAUGGUCAAUAAAGCCUCUUUGGCAGAACCUCCCAAAAGAUCUGGGUUACCCAGAGUUCUGAGUCUUGUGACACACACACCCCAUGCCAACGUCUGUCCUACAUCGCUGCAGCUCUUGUGUUUGAAGGCUCUAAGACAGGUGACAGACAGAUGUCUGGUAGAUGACUCAUUUGUCCUUGAAGAUUUCUUAACAUUGGGCUUGGGACCUUGUUGAAGAUAGAAGGGCUGUCUGCCAUGGAAGCAGAGCUCUGCAGGGCUGCUUUUUUCAUUCCUUGCCUGUCCUGUGGACACCACACCUGCCCUACUGUCCUGUGCAGUGUGUCUCUGCGAAGCCCCUGAUUGCGUUGACCCUUGAUUUAUCAGUCAUCUUCCUGGGUGGGCCAGGAGUUUGGAUGAAGAAUGUGAAAGGUGUUCCAGCCCUGCCAUCUAGCUAAGAGCAUUUCCCACCCUUCAUCCACCCUCCCAGAAGGCACAGCUGUCACUAAGACAGGCCUGGCUGGGCCCUAGGCACCAUCACCUCAUUGCUGCUGGCUGUGGAGAGUCCCAGGCUCUGGCCUGAGACAGCUGAAACUUGGGGCUGUCACACACAAUAUGACCACCCCUGGGUCUUUGUGCAUGAAGAUUAUGUAAAGGUUUUUAUUAAAAAAAAUUAUAUAUAUAUAUAUAUAUAUAAAU